CGGUAUAACGAUGUUGUCCGAUAAAUGAAAAUUGGAAAUCGCCAGUGCAUAUUUAUUAUGCGUCACUUUCACUCUUAUUUGCGCGUCGCGGUCUUCCACGUUUUUAAGCGAAUAGAGGGUUUAAUAAAAAGAUGACGGUCGCGUCGGGACGUGAUCUAGUUUUGCCGAUUUGUUACUUGUUGCUGAUUAGUUUUGCUGGCGUGUACGGACAAAAAUCAAAGGAACGAAAAAAACCCACGUCUGUCCAAGACCUGUACAACACGACGUCCUGUAUCCCGAAACCCUAUAAGUGUCCCCACAAGCAGAUACAAUUUUUUUUGUACACCAGGCGGACGCAAACCGAUCCAGAGUUGCUAGACACCACCAAAGAAGAAUCGUUGUACGCCAGUCGAUUCAAUCGGGCUUAUCCUACCAAAAUCGUAGUCCAUGGUUUUGGCGGAGGCAGAAAUCUGUCGCCGAGUACUGAUAUGAGGGACGCAUAUUUUUACAGGGGAAACUACAACAUCAUCAUCGUCGAUUACGGGUCGUUGGUUAAAGAACCGUGCAUCAGCCAAAUGGAAUGGGCGCCGAGAUUUUGCGCGAAAUGCAUCGCCCAGCUAGUCAGAUACCUAACGCAGCAUCCCCGCGGUAUCCGAGCCGACGACAUGCACCUGAUAGGGUACAGCGUGGGGGCCCACAUCUCCGGUUUGGUUGCCAACUACCUCGAUCCUACGCUGGACGGCAAAAUUGGACGGAUCACCGGCCUCGAUCCGACCAUCUUCUUUUACAUGGGACGCAACUCCUCGAGAGAUUUGGAUCCCACGGACGCCCAUUUCGUCGACGUCCUGCACACCGGCGCCGGCAUUCUCGGACAGUGGGGCCCCACCGGCCAUGCAGACUUUUACAUAAACGGGGGCUCGAGUCAACCCGGCUGCGGCAGCGAUACCGUGUUUAAGACCGUUGCCUGCGACCACACCAAAGUCACACCCUAUUUCAUCGAAUCCAUCGUUACCAAGAGAGGUUUUUGGGCGUACCCUUGUCCUACUCUCAUAAGCUUUAUGCUGGGCUGGUGCCAUCCUGAAGAAGACGAAUACGUCUUAAUGGGAGAGCACAUCACUCACAAAGCCAGGGGCGUUUAUUACGUCAGGACCAACGCUGAUCCGCCAUGGGCUCAGGGACCUCCCCGGGAGCUGAAAGAGAAAUUCGCGGAAACAACUUCCCCCAUCCUACGGAUGCUGACAAAUCAGGUGCAACGGGGAUGAUUUCUUUUAUCUUUCGAUGGCAUCAGUUUAGGUUAUGUUAGGUAUAGCUGUGAUUUUAG